UCGAUAGUCCGGAAGACUAUCGCGAUACUAUCGAGAUUCCGGUUCACUCGAUAGUUGGACAAUCGAUAGUCCAAAACUAUCGAUAGUAUCGAAUGUUUCGAUAGUAUCGCCCAUCACUAACCCGUCAGGUUCAAGUUCAAGUAUGGGUUCAUACAUCCCGUCUUGAGUAGUUCGGGCUUGGAUUUUAGGGUGUUUGCGUAGCUUUAGAUUACUCACAUGAAACAGAAAAGUAAAAUGUAUGUGACGUGACGACAGUGUGAAAGUCAUGCUAGUCAACGAGUGUCUGAGAGUUCUGAACAGGAGUGUUCAAGCCUGUCGAAAGGCAUCAUACUCGGCAUGUUUCCAUACAGCUGCAAAGCAACAGAAGCGGAAUUUCAAGCACCGCUAUUUCAUAGCCAUAGGAUCCGCGGUUGUGCUUCCUUACGGAUGGUAUUUGACCUUGAAUUCUUCAGACAGAAGAUAUGUUCGUGUUACUCUUGGUGGGUUUCGAAGGUUUACAAGGACAUUCUUGACUGGUCUCACUAUUUCUUGUGACUACUGGUACAGCCUAUUAGGUAAAAUGGAGGGAACAAAAGAAUAUAAAGAGGCAUUGCAUGAAUGUCACCAGCGUGCAGCUGAUCGUAUACUUGCUGGUUGCCUAACCAAUGGAGGUCUCUAUAUUAAAUUGGGCCAGAGCUUGGUGGCACUCAACCAUCUAAUGCCAAGAGAGUACCUAGAAACGCUUGAAGUUCUGCAUGAUAAGGCUCUUCCCAGAGUAAAAGAUGAGCUCAACGAAUUAUUCAGGGAAGACUUUGAUUCGUCACCAGAGGAGAUGUUUAAAGAGUUCAACAGAAACCCAAUUGCAGCAGCAAGUUUGGCUCAAGUUUUUAAAGCACGGACACAGGAUGGAAAAGAUGUUGCUGUUAAGGUGCAAUAUAUUGACCUACAACAAAGAUUUUUUGGCGAUCUAAACAGUAUUGGCAUACUCAUGCAUUUUGUGACUUGGAUGCACCCAAGCUUCAAUUUUGCCUGGAUUUUAGAUUACCUGAGGUCGUGCCUUGUGAAAGAAUUAGACUUUGUCAAUGAGGGUCACAACAUGGAGCGCUGUGCCAGUGACUUAAAGUGCCUUCCCUUUGUAUAUGUACCAAAGGUACACUGGGAGAAAACAAGUAAAAGAGUACUUACAAUGGAGUAUAUAGACGGAGUGAAGAUUAGUGACGUAAGCGGUAUCCUCAAGCUUGGCCUCACAUUAUCCGAUGUUGAUACCAAGAUGGUAGCAGCAUUCGCAGAACAGGUUUUCCACACUGGAUUUGUUCAUGCUGAUCCUCAUCCAGGAAAUGUGUUUGUGCAAAAGGACGCUAGGGGCAAAGCAAGAAUUGUACUGCUGGACCAUGGGCUCUACGAGUUCAUUCCAAAAGCAAACAGAAUCUCGCUUUCGCAGCUUUGGAGAUGUAUCAUCAUGGACAAUGAGGAAGGCAUGCAGAAACACUCAUUAGAACUUGGUGUUUCAAAUUACAAAGUGUUCUGUGAAAUCCUGAUGCAGCGACCUCUCCAACGAAGGACGCUUCGUAUCAGGAACCGCCUUUCCUCAGAAGAAAUCGCCUACAUGAGUACUAUGGUUCGACAACACUUUGAUGAUGUUAUGGAAUGUAUUCGAAGUCUUCCAAGGCCUAUGCUGCUAGUGUUUAGGAACAUCAAUACAGUUCGAUCAAUUACCAAAAACCAUGGGCAUCCAAUCGAUCGUUUCACUCUGAUGGCGCGUAUAGCCACACGGCAACUUACGUCUCACGUUGAAGGCAUAAACAUUCCACUUAGGUUGCAGUACUGGUGGAGGUGGUGCUCUUUUGAGUUGAGACUCAGGUACGAAGCUUGGUGCUUGAAACUCACUCUUCUCUACCUGCGGUUCUGCAUGUUAUUUAAGGCAUCCAGCAAGGACGUGCAGUACCUUGUCGAGCUCAUUUCUGGCGAUGUUUCACCUCUGUAGGAUGAGGAAAUUUUAUUAAUUAAUAGAAUACAUAGAUUGUUUUGCA